AAAAAAGAUAGAAUUCGAUAACUAAUUAAAAAAGGAUAGAGGAAAAAAAAGAGAAUUUAAUUGACCUCACUUUCCUUCCCCCUUAUACUAACAUUACCGUCCUGCUCUUUCCUUUCUUUCGUAUAUAUCUCUCUCUCUCCCUCCACGGCUCUCUUUACUCUAUCAUCUGCUCAUCUUCCCUCUCCUGCUCAUUUCUCUUCAUCUUUGCUUUUACUGAUUUCAUAUACUUAAAAUAUAAGUAAUCUAUAUUAUUUCCUUCUAUUUCCAUAAAAGAAAAGAGAAAAAGUAGUUAGUUUUUUAACGUAUUUGCAUACAAGGGAUGAAUUUCUUGUACUCAUUAAUUAUUUUCGUAGGAUCUGAAAAAAAACUGUAAAUUAUUCAUGAGUAAAAUCUCUCUCUCUCUCUUGGUUAGAAGAGAUACUUUGCAGUUUUUUUCUUUACGCCAAAAAGAUUAAUAUCAGUAACGAAAUAUAGUAGAUUAGUAGAUUGUUGGUGAAAAUAAUUCAAAAUUAAUUUCCCUAAUUUUAUAAAGAUGUACGCUUAAAUAAAGAAACUCUCUUAUAAACUUGAAGGAUAUUUCUUGCAUGAUUAACUAAAGGAUCAAACGUUUCUUCCGAUCAAUUGCAAUACUCUAGUCGAAAGAUAUUUAAUUAUUCUUAUUAUUUAUCGAUAUAUUUGAUCGUUACUUAUGUUGAAUUUUUUACUUUUUUUACGCUUCUUUACUUCCAUCGCUCUGUUCUUUCGUUAUUUUCAUUGGAAGAAGUCUUUAAUUUCAUCUAUGCAGACAGAGAAGGAGGAUUGUCUUUCUUUCUCUAACUUUAUAUAUUAUCUAGUGUACUGUGUACUAUGCAUAAACAAACUUUUCUCUUGCAGAUCGGACUUAGUAGACGUUGGUGACGUCAUUAUUGCAAUCGACGGUAAAAGGACGGAUCAACUAACGCAUUCAGAAGUGGUUGAUCUGGUUCGCUUCUGUGAAAAAGUCGUACCGCUUGACCUCGAGUAUCCUCUUCCACCCAAGCACAUUCAUACAUCCUCUAACGUUCGACGCAAAACUACAAUUGUCCAGAUACGACGUACAGAAGCUGAUAAUCUUGGAUUAACUGCACGCGGUGGAAUUCAGUCAGAUUCCAAAUUGUCUAGGCCUAUUACUGUGACAAGAGUUAGACCGAAUUCUCCGGCGGAUAAAUGCGGUAUAAUUAGGCCUGGAGAUAGGAUUUUGAGGGUAAACACCGUCUCGACUGUAAAUUUGCCGCUUAACGAAGUAGUUGAUCUACUCCGUUUACGUUUUGAGGAAGAUUCAUUUAUCGAACUGUUAUUGGAAUACGACGUCAGCAUUGUUACUGCAAUUUUAGAAUCAAAGGCACAAGUUCUUUUGGAAAUUGAAAAAAACCCAGGCGUCAUUCUGGGCGUUGAGUUGAGUAAAAUUAUGUAUGGGACGUCGUCAAGAUUUCGAGUUGAGAGGGUUAUCCCUGCCGGUGUUGCGGACCGUUGCGGUGCUGUAAAGCCCGGCGAUCAUGUCUUAUCAAUUGAUAACGUACCGACCUUGAACAUAUCCAUCAAAGAAGCUCAGCAACUUAUGCAGUGGUCUCCUGCUGCAGAAGUCAAAGUUGAAAUUCUACCUCGCCAUUUGAUUAAUCCAGAAGUGUCUUUAGUCAUAACCGAUAAGGAAUACGCUGAAUCGGAGAACAAUGAUUCGAAAUCAAAUACCUUUCAGUUGAAUUGUCAAGAUGAAUCGACGCCUGACGUCCGGCAAAAUGAACGUCCUAAAAAUGCUAUUCGUCAAACAAAAAGCGUUGAUGAUAUUCGAGAAGCUUUUCAAAAAGAAAGUGCCUCAUCAUCCUCUGUAUCAACGUCAAGAAGAGACGGUUUGUUCCGUGGGUCUUCUUUACCGUCCGUUCGUAGAACACAUACACAUAAAGUUUCCUUGAAAACUCCUUGCGGUCUUUUGUUGGAAAAGGAGGGAUCUCAACUAGUUGCUAGUGAAGUAUUUGUUGGUGGAAACGCAUGGCAGACUGGAGUUAUAUUUGAAGGGGAUAGAAUAUUGUCGAUUAGUAAUAUAGACCUAAAUUCAUUGAACCUGAAUCAAAUCACGUCUCUCCUCUCAUCUCAUAUCGAGCAAGAUUAUUUAGUUACUUUCGAAUUUGAUAUAUCCGAUUCGCUGAGUGAAGCCUAUGGCAUUUUAACUGUCAAACUGCCUAGAAGAGCGGCUAAGUCUUUAGGAUUAACUGUCUCAGCCCCUCGACAUAUCAAUAACCGAAAUCAUGACACGGAAGAGUGUGUUGCCAAAGUAUCACAGGUUCGUACUGGGAGCGUUGCCCAUCGUUCCAAUGUCGUACGAGUUGGUGAUGAACUUUUAAGCGUCGAUGGAGUUGGCGUUGUGGGAAUAGAACCGGAACGAGUAGCGCUGUUACUGCAAGACGACUGUAAUGACAUAGUUACUCUGAAAAUACGACGACAAGAUCCUGAAGAGGAAGAAUUAAGCAAUCCUUCAUCUCCCUCUGCUAAGACGCCGAAAUCACUAAGGAGAAGUCAAUCAACCGUCCAGCGUCGAAAUGAAAAUGAAAUCUGGGAACGCCUAUCAGAGCUUAGUGAUAAUACCAUUAGUUCCAAUGAUCCUUGGGAAAAGAGGAAGGAAAGUUGUGACGAGCAGCUACGGGAAGUCGAAAGGCAAAUUCAAACAGUUUUUAGACCUACACCUGUUCAAUUAGAGAGAAUUAUCGUAAAAAGGCUAUCAAGUGAACCUUUUGGUUUUAGCUUAUCGGAUGGGGUAUAUGAAAAAGGAGUUUACAUAAGCGCCAUUAAACCUAAUUCACCCGCAUCCGGUGUUUUGAAAGUCUAUGAUCGAAUUUUGCAAAUUAAUGAAACUUCAACAAGGCUACUAGAUUGCCGACAGGUGGCCUGUCUCCUUGCAAGAUGUGCAGACGAAAUAACUUUAAUUGUAUGUCGAAAUCCGUUAACAAAUAGUCCAGCUCUUCUGAAGAGAGUGAAUGAGAAAUUUAAUGCAAAGAGUAAAUAUUUCGAUACUUAA